AUGGGUCAUCAGGCUACCUCAGAAGCAGCAAGCACCCAACCAUUUCCACAUUCCGCUCCAAGGAACAAUCAGCCUCAGUUCCGCCAAGGGACUGGAAACAAAUGCUUCAUGUGUGGCAAUGCAGGCCACUAUGCCAAGAAUUGCCCAUGGAAUCAGCCAAGGCAGAUGCCAGCACCUAACCAAGACAAAGGGAGGAAGCAGAAAGUGCAAGUCAGGCAAGAGAAGCUCAACUUCACUGCUCUGGAGGAGCUACCUGAAGGAGCGACCGUCAUGACUGUGCAACGAGAAGAGGAAGUGGAAGAGUAUGAGACAAGCGAUAAUGAAGAUGAAACUGGAUGGCAAUAUGCUAGUUACAACGAAGAAUCAAUAACUAUUGUCAAUGACGAUGAUGAUUUCAGCGAUAACGAAUCUUCCAGGGGCUACGCUACCCCACGACCCCACACCACGCGCAUCUUCUUCGCCUCAACGCCGCAACCCAAUCCAACCGCCUGGAGCCCUGGACCGCUGGACGCCACCGCCCUGCCCCUCCUCGGCGCCGCCGCUCCUACACUACCCCAUGACCCCACACCACGCCCAUCUUCCUUGCCUCAACGCCGCCACCCAAUCCAACCACCUGGACCGCUGGACGCCACCGCCCCGCCCCUCCUCGGCGCCGCCGCUCCAUCCAACUGCCUCAACGCCGCCAUCCAUCCAACCUCCUCGGUGUCUCCUCCUCACUAUGUGGCCGUGAUCAAGAUGCCCCCUGGAAGGAUGGAUGGGGCAAGGACACGCAAAGACCUUGGUGAGGUGCCAAUUACUGAGUAUGAAAAGGAGAGGGCUUUAAAUGUGAUGAGGAACAACAAAAUAUUGAGUAGCCUUGGUAUAACUGGAUUAACAUCAGUUAUUCGAUCAAGUAGUACAAGGAAGAACUCUAUCGCUCGUGAAGACUUUGAUCCAUUGUAUGAACCUGAUCAUAGUGAGGACAAUGAUCAUCAUGUGGCUGAUCAGGAUGAACCUUUCUACAUUGAAAGAAGGAACACCAACAUGUCUACUGGUUUUGGAGGAACAAAAGGAUCCAAGAGAGUGGUAGCACCUAAUGUAGAAGACCAAGUUGGUAUAGUAACUAGGCAGAAGACAAAGGAAAUAUCCUUAGUUGAGAAAGAUAUACAUGGUUCGACUGCAAAUACAAAUGAGCACACAUUGAUUUAUGCCAAUUUUCCUGCACACCAUGAUGACGAGAUUCAGAUGUGUGAUGAAGGGAAUAGACGUCCUGAGGUUCCUAUGCAAGCUGCAAUGCUUGCAUCAGAAGGAGGAAUUGUAAUUAGGCAACAUAUGCCGAUCCUAACACAUUGGAAGGAAUACAAGAAUGACAAAUCCUAUUUGGAAGACUUCGUCGGUAGAAUUGGUGGUCAAUUUGCCAUAGACACCAAAAACAAAGAUGUCAAAUAUGCAUGUGCUGAUUUGAUGAGGUGUAAUCAGCGACAAAUGAGAUAUAAGCUCAAGAAGGCUUACUUUAAUGGUGUGGCAGCUGACAAAGUGAGAACAACAUCACCGUUGAGCACUAUGACAGAUGAGCAAUGGAUGCAACUAGUGAAUAUGUGGUCUACCCCAAAGCACAAGGACAAAUGUGUGAACAACAAAGUGAUUCGUGGAAAAGUUCGGUUCCAGCAAAAGACAGGAUCUCGGAGUUACAUUGCACAUAUGCAUGCCGUGAAGCAAGCCAAAUAUGGAGAUGCACCACCAAGUGCGAUUGAUCUUUUUAAAGAGUGCCAUUGUAGUAGGAAAACUAGUUUUGCUGAGCCUGUAAAGGAAGCAAUUGACACAAUGGAAGCACUUGUGGCUGAGCCUGGAGUAGAAGGGAAAGAAUCUAAGACCCCUACAGAAGCAGUUGCUCAAGUGUUGUCUUCAUCAAAAUUUCUUCAUAAUAUUGGUCUUGUACCCGCCACAAAGAAAAGUUGCAAUGGUGGUGAUCCUACACGUGUGGCAGAACUCGAGGCUGAACUUGAAUCAGAGAAGCAAAACUCAUUAGCAGUUAGAGCUCAGUUAGAUGCCCUAAAGAAGGUAGAAGAAUCAGAAGAAGCAAGGGCUAAGGAGUUAGAAAAGAUUAAUGAUCUGCAAAAAGAAGCAGAUGAGACCAAUGCUCUCCUUCGUCGUCUCUUUAGCCUCAAUAAGUAGUUGGUCGAUUGUGCC